AAAAUUUUUUCGAUCAACACUCAGGGGGAUAUUUACCAUAUAUUUUUGUACAUUUUGCAAGUGUAAUUUCAAUUUACAUUUGAAAUUGCUAAAAACACCACAAGAGACACCAACAAAGAAACGCUAAGUUGCAACAAUUCGAUAUUUCCAGGGUCGCAGAUUGGGGCGAACACUAGCUAUACAGAUACUACUCGGAACGUGGACAAUGCAACAGAGACCCAUGCCAGUCUGCCGAUGGUCCAUCAGGAGUUGAAUUCAACAGAGAGCCUAGACGGAGGCGCUGGAGGAGGAGGAGGCGGAGGCGUAGGCGCAGACGGCUCUGGCACACAGCCUGGACUGGCCAAGGAGCAGCAGCAGCAGCGUCCCAAGUCGGCCAACAAGCAAAGCACCGCCACGCCCACAUCUAUAGCGAAUGACGUGGCCAAGGCAGCCGCCUUAGCAGGAACGCGCAUCACCAUCCUGACCAGAAGCGAUUCGGUGCUUUCUUCAGGACCGGAGACAGGACAGACACAGCAGCAGCAGCAGCAGCCGCCGCCUGCACAGAAGCCCACAAAAUCCAUUGCAUCCACCGCAGCUCCGAUUCCAGCUGCAGCGGCAGCAUUGGUCGAGCCUUUUAUUUCAUCCAACGAAAAGUCGAUGCAGCAGCGUGCGCAGCGGCAGUCGUCGAGCACCACGAGUUCAGGGACAUCCUCGUCGGCCGCCUCCACGCCCACGCAUCAACCGAAACAGACGCAGCAACAGAGGCAGCAGCAACAUAAUAACGCUGGAGGAAGAGCCCCAGUGGCAUUCACACAGCCUUCAACGCGCAUGUCGCCGGCUGUGGUGCUGCUUACGGGCGCCACGACCACCAACACGACAAGCAAAAAGAAUCGCAAGGUUAUGAAGCGUGCAAAAGAGAUGGAAAAGAAGAAACUGAUCAAACCGUCGCCAUCAUCGUCCACAAACUACAGCAGUGAUCAGAGCCAGGGCAGCAGCGGCAUCUACAACAACAUUAGCUGUAGCAUGGAGAAAGCAGAGGCUGGCGCAGAAGCCAAUAGCACGAGCAAUAACUCUGAUGCUUCUCCUCCAAGACCAGUGGCAGAAGAAGGAACACCAGCGGCAGUAUCAGCAGGAGAACUGUCUGCAGAGACAGCCAAAAGGGCAGAGGCGGCAGCGGCAGCAGCAGCUGCAGCUGUUGAAGAGAAGGCGCAACCGACGACUGAUAAGCUUAGUGCAUCAUCUAGUAGUAAUUCUAGCGUAAGUUCUAGUCUAAGUGACAAGCCACACCACGUGCAACCCAAAGAGGAGACGCCACAGAUUGGCCACAACAACAACAAUGACGAAAAAGAUGAUUUCGCAGUAAAUGAGAAACAGAGCAGCGCACUAGAACCGGAGAAAAAGGAACAAAACGUUGCCGAAACAAAGGCUGAGCAGCAUCACAUACCAAUCGAUGAAAUAGUCUCAAAAUUCUUGCUAAGAGAUAGCCCCAGCACAACGGACAUACAUGGGGUGAUGACGCCACAACUGGAGUUCCUCAACAGCAGUGGUUCCACGUGCGGAGAGGAUGAUAUCUGCCGACCUGCUCCUUGCAGUGUAUGGCCCACGAAGAGUGAGGAGAGUGUCGCCGUGGCCGAUCUGAAGUUUGGCGAUUUCCAGGAGGAUUCCCGAGAGAACGAGACCGAGACCGGUAUAGGUUUCAUUUGCAGCUCAACUUGGUCCAGCUCGACGGUAACGGAGCCCAGCGAGGAUCCACGCGAUGAGGUUUCCUCGCAGAGCAGUCAGAUAUCGGUGCCCAACGCUGCCAGCGCCGCCUCGACUACCACCACCACCACCCCGACAUUAGCCAGUAGCAGCAGCACCAGCUUUAGCACUGACUACGUGGACUGCGCUCCCAAGCAGAGUACGACUACCACGGAUAUAUCGACUACGGCAAGCAGCAUCAGCGCUGGGCGCACCUCUAGCAGCACCUCGAGUAGCAAGAAAAGCUCUCCGGUACACAAUAGACGCAAAAAUUCCGGCUCGCCAAAGCCCAAGGGCGGCGCCAAGAAACAACAAGAACAGGCCCUGCCCCCGGGUUCCCCUUCUAUAAGUCCCACGCCCGCAGCGGCGACAGCCACGCCCGCUACCACCGUGAAGUUUAUCCGCUACUCCAUGGACGAACUACGCAAACUCUGCGAACUUGCCGAUUCGCGAAAGGCCCCGCUGGUGCCCUGCCACAAGGGCGACUGCAUCUCGCAGCUGUUCGUGCCCCGCCUAAUCAUUCAUCCGCAUGCUCACGUGCAGCACCACAACCACCAGCAACAGCACGCUUCACAGUAUCAGCACAUCAACUUCAACGAAUCGCUGGACUUUGUGCCGGGCAAGCGGGGACGCGGCCACGGCGGCUCGAAUAAGAAGCAUCACGACGGCGGCCAUCAGCAGAUGGGCUCUGGCUCUGGCUCCGGUAACAUGGGUGGUCCUGGUGCUGGUAGCGGCGGCAGUUCGGGCUCCAAUCAACGCCACAUGGACAUUAUACGCGUGCAGCUGUCGCUCAAAGAGGAGAUCAAGCUGUCGGAGUGCGAGAAUGCCUGGCAGCCGGAGCCGUUGCGUCGCAAGGCUCCAGCCGCAGCCAGUGGUGGUGGUGGUGCCUCGGAGGAAGAUGGCGACAUUGACGGUGUGCUGAAGAAGGUGCGCGGCAUUUUGAACAAGCUGACGCCGGAUAACUUCGAUGUGCUGCUCAAGGAGAUGUCCAGCAUUAAGAUGGAUAGCGAGAGCAAGAUGACGAAUGUCAUGCUGCUGAUCUUCGAGAAGACCAUCAGUGAGCCGAACUUUGCCCCCACAUAUGCGCGAUUCUGCAAGGUUUUGUUCCAUGAGAUCAAGGCCGAGAACAAAUCGCUCUUCACCUCAUCCCUCAUCACGCGGAUUCAGCACGAGUUUGAGUCGAAUGUAAACGACGCCAAUGCCAAGACCAAGAAGCUGCAGCCCACCAUGGACAAGAUGAACCAGAGCACUGAUACGGCUCGCAAGGCCGAGCUGCGGGCGGAGAUGGAGGACCUGGAGUAUCAGUUUCGGCGUCGCGCCUGGGGCACUGUUCGCUUCAUUGGGGAGCUCUACAAGCUGCAGUCGCUGACCAGCGACCGUGUGCUGCACUGCGUGGAGUCGCUGCUGGAGCACGGCUGCGAGGAAAAGCUCGAGUACAUGUGCAAGCUGCUGACCACCGUGGGCCACCUGCUGGAGAGCACCCUGCCCGACCAGUACCAGCUACGCGAUCGCAACGAGAAGAUAUUCCGCCGCAUUCAGGAUAUCGUGAAUCGUUCACGUGCCACGUCGAACCGCCAGCCGCAGUUUAAGAUAAGCAGCCGCGUGCGCUUCAUGAUGCAGGAUGUGCUGGACCUGCGCGUGCGCAACUGGGAUCAGCCUGUGACGCCGCAGCAGCUGAGCGGCCGUCAGCGCCACAAGCACGAUGACUCCAAGGAUCAACAGCAGCAGCAUGGGGGACGAGUCAGCAUGGGCCCACAGAGCGGCGGGCACUAUCAGCAGCAAAAGCAGCAUCAACACGGCGGCGCCCAUGGCCACGACAGCGGCAACUACUUUCUGCAAAAGUCGCACAACAAACAGCAGCAGGACAACCAGGCCCUCAGCAUCGAUCCGAACAAGCUGCGCUUCAGCAGCAGCAACGCCAACGACGACUCUAGCGCCAAGCUGGGUAACUCGUCGCAAUACCAGUGGCGCAGUGUCAGCAAUCGUCCGGUGAGCGCCACUCCGUCGAGUGGGCAACCCACCAGCCUUUUAAAGCGCGCGACCUCCGGGGGACAGAACUUCACGUACUCGCCGUAUCAGCAGCAGCCAGCGUCGGCUGGCGCUCCCACACAGCCUGGCAAUAGAAACAGCAGCCAGGAACCGUCGCACAUCCACGCGACCUUGGAUGGGAAACAGUGCCAGGAGAUGAUUUCCAAGCUGGUGGAGGAGGCCCUCAACGAGCGCAACUGGCAGCCAGAGGUGCUGGGCAUGUGGCGGUCGCUUCAGGCGAAGUAUCACGCGGCCGUGGUGCACUACUUGCUCAUGGACUAUCUGCACCGGGCGACAGUGAAGCGGCAGGAGCGGCUGGCCUGUGCCAAUGUCUUUGCGUUCCUGAUGACCAAGGAGGCCAUCGACAAGGCGACGUUUGCUCAGGGUUACGCGAAAUUUGCCGAAGACCUGCCCGACCUGUUGGUGGAUGUGCCCAACGGCAUGGGGUAUGUGUUCGAGUUCCUGGGCCCUAUCAUGCAUGCGGGUCGGCUGGAGCUGAAGGAUAUCUGGCACCGCCGCUGGCAAGAGGACUUCUACGUCACGGAGCGUUUUGUGUUUGCCUUCGUCAACUAUUUCGUGCGGGAGUUCGGUGCCGGCUACAUACGCAAGCUGUGGCACAGCGAGCUCAAGCUGGAUCGAGGCCAAAUGUUCUGGGGCGACUGUCGCAAGCAUCGCGACUUUGUCAAGUCGAACAAGUUCUACUUCCUGGACUCCAGCCAGGGCCAAACUGGUGGCCAGAGGGUGAAGCUCACGCCGCUGCAGCGCUCCCCGGAGGACCAUGUGGGUCGGAUCAGGUAUCUGCUGGGACAAUCUGGCGACAUGGCCAUUGACUAUAUAAACACCAAUGUCGGCGUCUCCGCCGACUUUGUGAGGGAGCUCACGCGAUUCCUCUGCUGUGAUUUCGCACUGACUGUGAUUGCAACAACAAACAACAACAAGGCCGCCGGCAAGAGCGGCAGCAGCCCAAAACCGCUGCAGCUGAACGCCGAGUGCUUCAGGAGCCGCUGCACGCCCCUGUUGCGUCUGUGCAUCGAUGCCCAGGAGCCGCUGGAGAUCGCCUGCAUCGAUGCGACAGUUGACUCGCUGCAGGAGCACUUCAUGGCCGAGCUGGAGGACGAGAUGGCCGCGUACGAUACCAUCUGUAAUGCGUUCAGCGUGCUGUACGACUCCGAGGUGAUACCCAAGGAAUCCUUCGACAAGUGGUACAAGCUGGAGAUCGAACACUCAUCCAGUUACCGCAGGCCCUUCAUUGACAAUUUGCGCGGCUUCAUCGGGGAUCUAUAGAAGAACACCAAAGAGAACGUAUUUACAAGAACAACGAGGAAACACACACACACACACAAACACACGAAUUCAGAAGAUGACACACCCAACACAAGAAUCUAGAAUCUAACAAUAUCAAAGAGCUAGCGCGGUCGCAAGUCUAGAAGAUAAUCGUACAACGACGCUAACCAUUAGCCCAAAUAAGGCAUACCCCAAACACAGACACACACAUACACCCAAACACACACACACACAAACACGUAUAGUUAGUUGUUCGAUAAAAAAUUGAAAUUUCUUGUUUCUAAACACAAAACAUAACAACAGAACAGAAAAUAUCAACACCAACAACAACAGCAACAGAAACUACAACAGAAACAUUCACUGGCCAAGAAGAGCUCAUGAUUUCAUUUUUAUCACAAUACGUUCCUUAAAAGAGAUGUUAAGACGCUUUUCGUUCGAUGACAGGGUCAUCCAAAAAGCAACAAAACACACACACACACAAAACCCGUAUCGAGAAUCAAAUAAAUAAAAAAUAAUAAAAAUGCAAAAAAUGGAAAAGAUAAAAAAGAAAAUGAAAAUGGUAUAACAGAAUCUCCCAUUGAAGAAAAGCAAAGUUCAAGUUCAGUGCAAGGCAGGGUAAAUGAAACAUUAACUGAUAUACAGUAUAGUAUAUACGAGUAUAUAUAGCAUACUUUACAUAUAUAUAGGAUAUAUAGGAAUCAAUUCGUUUUGUUUUCGUAAACCACAGUAUUUCGUUGAUUAUAAACAAUUUUGUGUUUCCGCUGAGGAGAGAACAUUGUUCUUUCGUUGGCUCUUUAUCUCUUUAUCUUUGAUAGCUUAUCGUAUACGUUUCUCUAGACCUUAAUCGAAUCUUUUGUUCAGUUUUUACCUUUCAGUACAAAGCUUUAUGAAUUUGCGUUGUUUUGUUUAUUCGAUUUAUUAUUAUUAUAAAAAACUAUUGCCUACGUUUAAUUAUUGUGAUUUCUGCGAGAACGGCUCAAAAUGAAACUGAAACCUAAACCCAGAAAUUAACCCCAAAUCCCCUUUAAACCCAACCUUUCUCCAAAAAACAGAUCUAUAUUUAAAGCCUCAAGUCCUGAGGUCCUUACUGUUCGAUCCAAAAACGGAAAAACUCCACAAAAAUCAAGUAUAACAGAUAAUAGGUUAUACACAAAAAAAAAAAAACAAAAAAGGAUGAACGAAAGAAAGAAAAAAAAAUAUACUAGACGUAUAAAAAAAAAUUGUAAAUUAUAAACAAAUUAAAAGUAAAGACAUGUAAAGUAUUUAUAACACAAAUCCAUGAUACAUGAUUGAUUAUCCAAAGAUAAAUCUAAAGAAAUUAGCUGUAAAAAGGAAAGAAAAAAUACACUAUUCUUAAAGCCGAAUCGUCUAUGAAGAAAAACAACCAACCCGACCCCCUAACUAUAAAGCUAUUUAAACCAAAUUUAAGAGAAGGAAGACGAAACGAAAAAUAAUCUAAUGUAAAAGCAUAUAGAAACACUCACAACAUCAUUAAGAGACAAGGAAAAACAGAAAAAAGAAAAACAAAGAGCUCUAAGCCGCCUUCGAUUAGUUAUUUUUAUAAAAUUGAGUGAAAAACAAAAUUGAACAAACAAACAAAAAA